AUGUGCCAGAUCAACAGAAUAGCUCUGACGAUCAUUUGCCUGACGAUUAGCGUAGGCAGUGUAUCGUCAGCACUGGCGGACUUCGUCAACUUACUAAAAACAGUUGACGAAGCAGAGAUACACAAGACGGACACAGAGAAGAAAAGAGAAUCUCCACUAGGUAAGUUCCAUUCGCGCUCGACUGUUAAUAAUUACCAAUUUUCAGGCUGCGUGGAGACAAUAGCAAAACCGGGGAUCUACACAUUCAAGUCAGAUCCCCGGUUAGAAAUGACAUUAUGUCAUAUAAUAGUAGAAGUGCCCAGCGAGAGUCUGGCGUUUGUUCGGCCGUCGGACAGGACAUGCGAGGUAAUCAACCCUGAAAACUGGAACUAUCUUCUAAACGCACUAUUUUCAGACGACAUCAAGUGCAAACGUCUCGGAAGUGUGUGAUCUGCCACAACAAGAAAAGAAAUUGGAAGAGGGAUCGCAUGAUUUCCGAUUUGAUGCCUCGGAAUCAGUGACUAUCACAGUGCGCAUCACGCCGAUCAUUAGACUUGGUGAGUGAGCGGAAACUACUGGGUGGCCUCUUGAAAACCAACUUUCUGUUAUCAUUUAUUACAACAUACUGUAACUUCAGGUUGCGACGAAUAUGCAAAAAACCUGCAUAAUUUGGUCGGAGCAGCCGUGAUCUUAGAGAACACUGCGAAUGAGCCCUUGUGCAUGGUUCGACUGCCUCCGGCAAUAGAAAUCCGCUUCCUGGAUUUCCAAUCAAGAAGCAGGCGAAAGGUAAUCCGAAUGCUAUCGACUUUCAAAGCUAAUCAACCAAUUUUCAGUGCUGCCCAGACUUGUUCGUAGCGUCUGCAGACAUCGAAGAGAAUCCAGUCGCGUACAGCGAAUCACUGUCGGCGUGCGAACUGAGUGAGUCUAUGGGAGGGAUGACACACCUGGAAACAUGAUAAUAGAAUGGGCCCGCGUUUCUAGCAAAAACUAAUAAUCCCUCAUUUGCUAAGCGCGUCUGGUAUACAAAUCCCAAAUGAAAUGGCAUCACUUUUCAGAUACCAAAAGGCUGUCGGCCUCUUCGAGAUGUGAAGCGACCUACGUGUAUCUGAGGAACUCAGCUCCAGGAGAUCAGAUACUGUUGGAAGUGGGAGCGCGACACAAAGACAUAAUGAAACACUGCAUACCGUAAGAAACCAUAACAAUAAGAUCAAAUGAUUAACUUUGUGUUUGCAGGGACGAGCAGUUAGAACCAGCGGAUUACCUGUGCCGGAGCAAGAAAAAAAAUCGGAAACACGCGUCGUGA